GCAGAGGCAGAGAGGACUGCGACGUGGAGCCCACACAGCCACUUCGUUCCGCCCCUCCUCUGGUCUGUCACGCUCGGCGACUCCUCCGGGAGCAUCCUCGCUCCCUCCCGCCCCGCAGCACCGCGCCGAGGCAGCAGGCAGCGGCCGGCAGCCGGGAGCGCCCCGCAGCCCGGCGGCCGCCGCUCUCCCCGGGCUGGCCCCACCGCGCCGGCCCGGCCCCGCCGGUGCUGUGUUAGAGCUUCAUAUGUUCUUGGGCUUUUAGUAUUGAUGUCCUAUACAAAGUAGGUAUUCCAAGCAGUAUUUGGCAGGUCUGUCUGCAGUAGGACAGCAAUCUUUGAUUCAAGAUGGAAGAAACAUACAGAGAUAGGACUUCACUAGUGAAAGGGGCAAAAGAUAUUGCCAAAGAGGUGAAGAGACAAGCUGUCAAAAAAGUGAAUAAAGCUGUUGACAAGGCUCAGGAUGGCUACACCCAGAGGUCCUACAACCGAUUCCAGGAUGAGGAAGAUGAUGAUGAUUACUAUGUCCAAGGAGGAAAUUAUGGUGUAGAAGCUAAUGAUGAUGAAGGAUCAAGUGAAGCAACUGAAGGACAUGAUGAAGAUGAUGAAAUUUAUGAAGGGGAAUAUCAAGGAAUCCCCAACAUGGGGCAGGGUAAGGAUGGCAUGGUGGCCUUAGGGCAGGCUAUGCGUGAUGAAUAUAAGGAUCGUCAUGAACUGGAAACAGAGAGGAAAGCUGAUGAAGAAGAGCUAGCACAGCAGUAUGAACUGAUAAUUCAAGAAUGUGGCCAUGGUCGUUUCCAGUGGGCCCUCUUCUUUGUUUUGGGAAUGGCCCUAAUGGCUGAUGGAGUUGAAGUUUUUGUGGUUGGAUUUGUGUUGCCCAGUGCUGAGACAGAUAUGUGUAUACCCAAUUCUGGAUCAGGAUGGCUUGGUAGCAUAGUGUACCUUGGGAUGAUGGUGGGGGCAUUCUUCUGGGGAGGCUUGGCAGACAAGGUGGGAAGGAGACAGUCACUCCUGAUAUGCAUGUCUGUCAAUGGAUUCUUUGCCUUCCUUUCAUCAUUUGUCCAGGGCUAUGGCUUCUUCCUCUUCUGUCGCUUGUUUUCUGGAUUUGGGAUUGGUGGAGCUGUUCCAACAGUCUUCUCCUAUUUUUCGGAAGUGCUUGCUCGGGAGAAACGAGGUGAACACUUGAGUUGGCUCUGUAUGUUUUGGAUGAUUGGCGGUAUCUAUGCCUCUGCAAUGGCUUGGGCAAUAAUUCCUCAUUAUGGCUGGAGUUUCAGCAUGGGCUCGGCCUAUCAGUUCCACAGCUGGCGAGUAUUUGUGAUCGUCUGUGCGCUGCCCUGUGUCUCUUCUGUAGUAGCCCUCACCUUCAUGCCAGAAAGUCCUCGGUUCUUGCUGGAGGUUGGUAAGCAUGAUGAAGCCUGGAUGAUACUCAAGCAAAUCCAUGACACAAACAUGCGUGCUCGCGGACAGCCUGAAAAAGUUUUCACAGUUAACAGAAUCAAAACUCCAAAACAGAUAGACGAGCUCAUAGAAAUUGAGAGUGAUACAGGAACGUGGUACAGGAGGUGUUUUGUUAGAAUUCGCACAGAGCUAUAUGGCAUUUGGUUGACAUUUAUGAGGUGUUUCAACUACCCGGUGAAGGAUAAUACGAUCAAACUUACAGCUGUAUGGUUCACCCUGUCUUUCGGCUACUACGGCUUGUCUGUUUGGUUUCCUGAUGUCAUUAAACAUCUGCAGUCAGAUGAGUAUGCAUCCCGAGUCAAAUAUUUUCGCAAUGAGGAGGUCUCAAAUUUUGUCUUCAACUUCACAUUGGAAAAUCAGAUUCACAGCAAUGGAGAAUACAUCAAUGACAGGUUUAUUAUGAUGAAGUUUAAAUCAGUAACCUUUGAAGAUUCCCUUUUUAAGAACUGUGUGUUUGAUGACAUUACUUCACUGAACACGUACUUCAGGAACUGUACUUUUGUGAAUACCACCUUCUACAACACAGAUCUCGAGCAAUAUAAAUUUGUUGACAGUGAAUUUAUAAAUUGCACAUUUUUCCACAUCAGGACAGGAUGCCAGAUCUCUUUCGAUGAUGACUAUAGUGCCUACUGGAUUUACUUUGUUAACUUCCUGGGAACGUUGGCAGUGUUGCCCGGAAACAUUGUGUCUGCUCUUCUGAUGGAUAGAAUUGGACGUUUGACAAUGCUAGGUGGUUCCAUGGUUCUUUCUGGCAUAAGCUGCUUUUUCCUGUGGUUUGGGACCAGUGAAUCCAUGAUGAUAGGUAUGCUUUGCCUCUACAAUGGUCUCACCAUCUCAGCGUGGAACUCCCUUGAUGUCAUUACUGUGGAACUGUAUCCUACAGACAGAAGGGCAACAGGCUUUGGCUUUUUGAAUGCACUAUGCAAAGCAGCAGCUGUACUUGGAAACUUAAUAUUUGGUUCCCUUGUUGGUAUAACCAAAGCAAUCCCUAUUCUCCUUGCUUCUACGGUUCUAGUAUGUGGAGGUCUGGUAGGACUUCGGCUUCCUGACACAAGAACCCAGGUGUUGAUGUAACUGGAAAAAGCCAUUUUAUUAUUUAUUUCCUUCUUUGUACAAAUGUCAACUCUCCUGACUGGCGGUGCAAAGGCUUCAGAUUCUCAACACUUAGCAGGGUGCUCAGAUGGCAAAAAUCAAACACAAAACAAGAUACUAUGGAGUGGCAGAGAUUUAGAAACCUCCAUCUGAAAGUUUUAAAUUUCUUAUUUUUGUUUGCAUACUUCGCUAUUUAAAACAACUUAACUUCAAACUGCAAAGCUACCUCUUAAAACAUUUUCAGAGUUAUGUCCAGGAAGGUAAAAACCAUACCAUAAUUAGAUAUUUAAAAUAUUUAAAAAUCAGUCAUUAUUUAAAUAUACAUACUAAAUUUGGCCAUGGCAUUGUGAGCUUUUGUAAAAAUACAGACCUGCAAGUCAAUUACUUACCAGUACUGGUGCAGAAAAAGCUAAUCUUACAUGUAUCAAUGUAUGCAGCAUUAUCAGGAAACUGUAUUGCCUGCAUCAGUAUUGAGUGGCUAUAUUUAAAUGGUGGAAACUUCCUGCAUUCUCAGAAAGAGGCAUAGGCAGGCUUUAGCAGCGGCGGUGCCUCUUUCUUGGGAAACCAUUUUAUGUAGAUUUGAUCUGGAGUAAAGAUUAUUAACUGUACCCCAUAUUUGCUGAGGAGGGGGUAACAACUACUACAAGGAAGAACAGAGCUCAUAAAGGUGCACAAAAAAGAGAAUAAUAAAAUAAACACUUUCACUUUUUGCCACUGGUCCUCUAGAAAUUGUUUGUUUUCUACGUGCUUGUGGGCAUCUGCAAUAUUUUUGUCAUUUUUAAAACAGUGAAUUUGUCUUUCUCCAUAAGUGAAUCUAUGAAAACCAAUAUCUAUGUAAUUGUAAGUAUGAAUAAAGGGAGAAUCAGGCCAGUGAAUUAUAUGAAAAGUAAGAUACUUUCAGAAAAGUGCUUUUACUAUUUAACCUUUUAAUUUGUAUUUCUUUGUCAUAGAAUGGUUAUAAAAAUAAGUGCUAAUAGAGUGCCACCUACUUAAUGUAGUUAGGUGAAAACUUCAAUAUAUAGUAUAAUUUAAUUAAACACUCUCAAAACAAAUGUAUUGGGUUUUUUUGAAAACAGUGGCAAAACAAAGAAAAGCAAUAAUACAAACACCUUAAUAAUUUUCUCACUUUAUACACUCUGUCACAUAAUCAUUUACUCAGCUGAUUUGUAAUAGUUCUGGAGAUACCUCGCCAUUUAACACUUUCAUACAUCUCUCAAGAAGGCUAUUAAGAAAGAGGCCAUGCUAGGGCUGUGGGGAGUGGUAAUGCAUACAUUCCUUCCAAGCCAUACAACAUGGACUGUGUUCUGGAUUAUAACAAAUCGUUCCCUACUAGUCCUGCUUCCUUAUGAAAGACUACUGGAUCACUUUAAAAUGUUAGCAUUAAAAAUUAAAUAAAGAUACUUCUAUAAAAUUAGCAGAAAGAAGGGGCAGAUCCUCUGAUGACAGAAACUGUCACUGCUUUCAGUGGAGCUAAAAAAAUUUGUAUCAGCUGAUGAACCAUCUGCAGUUUCAAGUUUCAACAAACAAAUCUGAUAUACAUAAAGGAAAAUUUAUCAGUAUUUUUUCAAAUUAUGUCUGACAGCUUUUGUCAGGUGGCUGAAUCAUUGCCAAAGAAAUUAGCCUUUCAGAUAAGGUCAUCAUAUAGUAACAUAUAUUUUGCAUGAAUUUUUUUCUGUCUCAUAUAUGAUGAUUACUUACUAUUAGGCAGUAAUAUCUAGUACUGCCUUCUGUGUGAGUCAUCAUCACAGUCUUACUAGAAGAGUCAGAAAAAGACAGUCCACAAAAGAAGACCAUUCAUUAUAUUUGAAGUUCACUAUUUUUAUUUACUGAAUCUAGAAGUUAAAUUUCAGUUAUGAACAAAUGCCUGUGCUAAAUAGUAGCAUCAAAAUAUUAGCCAAGAAUGUGUUUUUCUGCUAUUAACAAAUGAGAAAAGUAGUUAAAUUAAAAAGCACGAGUACUCAAAAUUUGUGGGCAUUUUUUCAUGUUGAUAAUUUAAAUAUUGUAUAGUAAGAAACAAAGUUUAGAAAGUAUGCUUAUUUUACAAUAUAUAGUCCAAAUUUUUGAGAUAAGAUAUUUUAAAUAUAAAUCUGAUUUAUGCAUGUCUUUUAAAUUUCCCAACUGUGUUUAAAAGAAAAAGAGAGGAAGAAUUAUUUUUCACCAAGUUCCAAGUUAAGAACAAAAUGCCAUACUUAGUUUUGCAUGUAUGGCUUUUGUCUGCUUGUCACAGUCCUAGUAUUAUUUCAAGGCUGUUUUACCCAAUGAGCAUUAUAUUUGACUUUGGCCCUGCUUCUCUGUGCCGUUCAUUAGUAGUAUGUGUCCACCUCUUUGUACUUACUGCACAUCUUAUUUUGAAAUCUGAAGCCUCUGCACGUGUUUGGAGUCAACAUCAACGCAAUGGAAAAUUACAUUGUCAUGCUAUGCACUGUCCACUUGAAGUAGUAUAUUCUGUCCAUCUCUGUAUGUAAUACUGAGGAACAGCCAGAUCCAAUACAUCAUGCCAUCUGACCAGUGUGGAGGUGAUGGGGCACAGGAAAAAAAGGUUCAACUUUUGAGGGCUCCACUUCAAGACUAAUAUGCUAAAAUCUUCUUACAUGUAAAAUUAUGCUGAUUUCAAUAUUGGUUCUUAUACUAAAUCCUGGCCACAUCAUAAGUAUGUGAUUAAGUCUGGAUAUAGUGAAGCUAGCAGCAUGAGAGCCUGUGCUUGGAAUAUAGCAGCAGCGGGGAGCAGUAAAGACAAACAAAAUGCUGAACAUCAUGGACCUUGCAUGGUCCAGGAUUAGAGCAAAUGCUCUAAGACAGGAGAAGGAAAAAAGGAAGAAAGGAGAAUAGCAGGUAGGAGAGGAGAGGAAAGGUAAACAGAAGAGAAGAACAAAGAUUAAAAAAUCCCUGUACAUUGCCAACACAUUAAGCAAAACCUAAGGCUAGAAUUUCCCCUAACUGGUGAGCCAGUUGGCUAAACAGAUUUGAGCUAGUGCGCAAGCCAGUAUGAAAGCUGUUUGGACAAUCAAGUAGUUCAGGCUUGAGUGCAGUAAAGAUGUAUCCCGUAAAGAGAAAAGGAGUGAAUGCAAUUUCAGGCUAUGAAUAGUUGGUUACAGUCCACAGGCUGGAACACAAGUAUUUAAUCUGUGGAGAUCUGGGCCCAAAUGUUACUUAGGUUAUAGGCAAAAGUGAUUUGGCUGGUCUCUAGUGAAUAUGUGUCUUUCUCCUGCUUCUUCUUCUUCUUCUUCUUCUUCUUCUUCUUCUUCUUCUUCUUCUUCUUCUUCUUCUUCUUCUUCUUCUUCUUCUUCUUCUUCUUCUUCUUCUUCCAGCUUCCAAAGCAACUCAGGUAAUAAAUACUGGACAACAGGAAUUUCACUUCCUUUCUAUCUCUAUUCAUUAUAUCUAACACAAAGGGUCACUUAGUGGCCUGUUUAGAUCCCUGAUAUACUUAUGAUAUACAGGUCGUUUGCACAUACAUUCAAAGGAGGAUGCCGUGUACUGCUGUGUAUGGCAACGCAACUACAUUAUAUACACACAGAGAACUAAACUUGAUUGUGUUUGUGUAUCAGAGCUGUCAAGCACAUAGAGUCGGAGCUUCCUGUUUGUCUGUCGUGGUCACUGAACUGAGUGACCACUGGUUGGAAACUUCUUUCAGUCUAAAUUGAAGGAAGAUACAAGGUCUCUAGUGCCCUUGAGCUGUAAAGCUCAGAGGCUCACCACAGUGGCAACAGUGAUACAAAGUACAGUGGCCCCUGAAGAGAGAGAAGUCUAACAGCAUUUACUGUAGUAUUAAUCAAGCUAGUGUAAUGUUUUAAAUUUAAAAACUGUCAACAGAAGAGACCGCGUUUCAACUUUUGCCAAAGAAAUUUUAUUUUCAUUAGUUUUACUCAUGACAGAUUGUUGGGUAGUAGAGCUUGACUUAACAGACUCUUAUUUCUUCAAAGCAUCUCAUUCAUUGUGUUGGUACAUUUUAACCAGGUUGGCUAUGUUCUUGUUAGUACCCUGUCACUUGGAAGCAUGCUCUACAACAUUUGGUAUGUGUGGCAUUGAUCGCUGAGCAGGGACUGCUGGCAAGGGAAUCAGGACUACGUGUUCAUGGUUUCAGGAGUGCUGAAGUGGAUUGCUUAGGAAUGACAUGUUGGGAAGCCUUCUUCCUCUAUGCUUGACUUCAGUCAGUGCCCUUCCAGAGCUGUAUAUUGCAACAUGUAGCCACAGAAGAAAAAGUGUUAGCCCUCCUUCCUGAUGGCUCCAGUAGCCUAUUAUUUGCUUAUUGUCUUAGCAAAAUGGGACAGCAUAAGACUGCUAACUCAAGCUCCACUCUCUUUUUCUUCACGCUUACCUUUCCGUUUAUUUCAUCCCAAAUUGCUUUUCUGACCAGAGGUCUGCUGUUAAAGACAGUUACAGCUCAUUCUUCAUGCUCUCAGUUGCUUUUGACUUCAUAGUAACAUUGAGUAGCAAGGUUUGCCACUUAGCUUUUGCAGUUGGGUCAUCCUUUUUUAAACCAAGAUGUAAAACAAACUCAGAAGUCCCUCAGACAAUCUCACUUUUGUGAAGCAGCCAGAAUCCACGUUUCCUUUCAUAGCCAGAAGGCUGAACUAAUACAAGGAGGAGCCUCUUGUCAAAAUGACCCUUGUUUAGCUCCAUCAGCUGCUGCUGUGUGGUGACUGGAAAUACAGAGGAAUCUUCUUGUCUGUGCAUCUAGCACAGCUCCAUUUGGAGGAAACGUUAUUCUCUUUUCUUGUUUUCUUUUUCUGCCACUCUGGAACCUCAGCUUCAUGUAACUGCCUGAGCCUGCUCUUGAGGCACAUCCGCUGGUUCUGGUUUUUAGCAGUGUAACAGGGCUAUCGUCCUCAGCCCCUCAUACUGAUAGCCUCUGUGAGGUGGGCUUCAGUUCUCUUCCUCAUAGUGAGUUUUAAAAUUAUCUCCCCUUGACCCAAACAAGGUAAUAUCAUGCUAAUACAACCUGCAUGCCAUGCUUUCUGUUUAAUAUUAACCUGAAAAUGCGAUUGAAAUUUCAAUUGCAAGGUUAAAAAAUAAUGCUUGCACUCCGGGGGUCAAAGAUGCAAGAAGUGAAACAGAAUUGCUCCACUUCCUCCAGAGCCUUGAAAGAAAACACAUGUUCAGUAAUCAUAUUCCAGAAGAAAACAAGUCUGAGAGACUGCUUUUCCUCUGCAUUUCCUGCCUUCGGAUUCAAUAAACUCCCUGUGAGCACUUGCCUCAAUUAGUGUGUCCCAAUACAGUUAGUUCAGGGAACCCAGCAUGAAGACAGAGACUUUUGCCUGCAGAGUGGAGGCAAGACAGGGCUCGUGCAGUGAUGUGGAGUUAGCAGAGACACAUGAACCAGCGAGUCUGGAACUCACAUCAGAACCUGAAUUAAAUAGGAAGCACCAAUUUAAAAUGCUACUUGCAGAUCUCCUGUACCUUCACCUGCUCUAAUCCAGCCUGCAGCCAGUCCAUAUACUGAAAUCAGCCUCUUGAUUUCUGUGUCACAGCUCAGUUGUUUUCUUCUAAUAUUGAUAAUUUCAAUGAAGUGGUGCAAAAUAUUUUUGGAUCACUGUUAUUUGCAUUCUUUAUUUUUGUUGCAGUAGUGAAUAACCUACUUCUUUAUGCAAAAGCAGGAUACUUCAGUAUUUAAUCCUACUCUAAUCCUCCUCUUAAUUCUAAAAUUAUACAGAACUUCUUCCACAUUCAGGACCUUUCUUUGAUGCACUGACUUAGCAUGUCAGGAACAGGAAAAGGCGGAAUGGAGCAGACUGACUUUUCUUGUUUGACCAUGGGUCUAAUUAUCUCCAAAGAUGCUGGCCUGUAAUAUGUAGCAUGCUUUACAGGCCAUGGAGGACAUCCUCUCUGACUAAAAAUGAAUAAAAUGAUAGCAGUAAUUAUUGGCAGUCUCUUCCCAGGACACACACUCAAAUUAGAAAAAAAGUAGGAAAAAAUACAGGUGUAAUUGCUCUCUGGGACUGGAGUAUUAAUAGUCUCCUUUGCCUGAGAAAGGUCGAGAACACAUCACUUGCUCCUACCCACUGCACAGUCCAGCUACCACAGAGAGCAAAGAAGUUACUUAACCUCAAAGGUCUUUGGAUGAGGAUGACUUGACACAAAGUAAUAUUGUCCCUGCCCCACCAAGAUAUUCAUGGAUAUACAUUUUAAUGCCACGUAACUGAGAGGGUCUGGAAAUACCAGAGGUCUUGCCCAAUACACUGGCCUCGAGCACUUUCACCCGAGCUGCAGCCGGGCACCUCAGGCUGCAAGCGAGAGCACCACAUUGCUGGCAGGCUACUUUUCAUCGCUCUCUCCACAGCUAGCCACCUAGGCUCGUUUGUCUCGGAUACUAAGCAUCUACUUUUUUGCUCCCCCUCUUACUUUGUAAUUUUGGACUUGCCCGUCAGUUUUUUCCAAUAGUCCUGACCAGGCAAGCUGAAGCUACUUGCUACUAAUGAGCAGCAUUCAUAACUCAUUGCAAGCAUAAUACUCUGAGUCCAAUGUCUUAUAUGUUGUUCCAGUUUCACCUGUUGUCUACAGCUAAAGUUGUCACCUAGCUGUUCUGAGAACAUGAUGUGUUUCCUAAUGUGUGAUACAUGCCUUCUUCUCUUAAUGUCUGCCUUGUAAAUACAGGCCUGUUCCCUGCUCGCAAUGUGAUAGAAGUUAUUUGUGAACUUCAUGUAGACCUGUCUUGUGCAAUUAAAAGGUGGACUUUCAAAAGAAUAGUGUGGGGAAAAAAUUAUAAAAUGGAAUCAAAUUAAAUACAAGCCAUAAAUAGUAAGCUUUCAAGGCCUGGGAUUCAAUUAUUAUUAUUUUUGGCAGCCAUUUUCUUUAAAUCCUACCCUGCAGCUAUAUAAUACUGUAGAUUUUAAAGAAGAGAUCAUAUACAGUUGCCAGUGAAGAUCUGUGUAUAUAUAGACACACAUGUGGGUGUGGGUGAAUAUACAUAUUUUUUAUAUAUAUAUAUAUAUAUAUAUAUAUACACACACACCCCUAUGCCAGUAUACAUAGCACAGGUGGGUAUAAGACUUAUGAACCAUAUAUCUUAAAUAGAUCUCAUUGGUGAUGUCUCUAAUUGUUACUUUCUGCAUUAUGGUUUGAAUACAAAUAUCAUCCUGCUCAUUUCCUUUUACAAAAUUCUUUACUUAUUCACGCAAAAAAUUGGUGUGAUGCCAAGAUUCAUCUUAGCUGGCCAUUACCUUUGUAUCCUUGGAAGAGAACUCCUGGAAUGGUCUGAAAAAUAAGCUUGACUUAGCUGUACCUGUCCCCCAGCCACACUGUGCCAAACCGCAAAACAGCUCACCAUGUAGAGGCACUAGUCAGGUGCCAGUGACUAGGAGAAAAGCUUUGACACAGCACUCUCAGCCACUCGAAACCCUCUUAAGUUUUUUUCUCUUAUUCAGAAAAAAAAGUCCUUAAAGAUGUUCCACGUGGAUCUCAAUAUGUUAACUUAUGUGUAAUGUAUGAGAAAAAGUCUGUGUCUUCUUUCUGUAUUGUAUGUUUUUCGUUGUUCCUACAUACGUAGCUGCUGUCGUUCUAGUAAUGUGGUUAUACAAUUGUUUACUGCCGAUCUUAUCAGCAAUCUUUGACCAGCCUGAAACAGAGCCAUUGCCAGGGUGUCUUUCAAUUAAUGAUUAACAUCCGCAAAGAUCUACUACAGUAAUUAGUGCUGUAUAAAGUAAUUCCAGCUAUAAUGCAAGUAAAUCCAGGUUUAAAAUAGCAGCACAUGCACACACACACGCUCACACAUAGCAGUGAGGAUGGAGAGAGUUCUUUCAAAAGCUCUGGCAUUUAUUGCAUUUCUCCUUCCCUAUUUUCAGGACAUUCACUCUUUUCAGUGUGCUUCCUCCGGUGGGGGGCAUGCACACAUGCUACCCAACUAAGGAAUCAGUAGAAGAAAGGAUGUAUUCCUUUCAGAAGAAUUAACAAAGUAUAUUUACUAUGGGAAACCUAACUAAUUUGUACUAAGACUGAAACAGCAAUAAAAGAAACCCAAGCUGCUUACAAUUGUUUUUUGUGUUCCAUGAGUAGAUAAACCCAAUACCAGUCUAAACUAAACUUUUGGGAGGAGAGUAUAAAAGGCAGCAAUGUUCACACAAUAGUAUUUUGGGGAAGUACUGGGUCUUUUCAGAAGGAAAACACACACUCACUGAGUGAUAGGGUAGCAUGCAGUUUCUAAUAGUGAUCAUGAAUAGACAGCUUUAAGGAGAAAGUGACUGUUUGGAUUUCAAGUAAAAAGUGAUGAUAUUACCAUCCAUAUGGAAAUUUGUAAACAUAGAUUAAAAUCAAUAGUUUUAAAGGAGAGAGAGAAUAUUAAAAUUUGGAGAGAAAUCUUACGAAAAGCAAACAAAAUCCCCUUAUCCUUUUUGUAUAAACCUUACAGCUCUUCCUAUUUCUUCCUGCCACAGAUCCCUCCUAGUAUGGUGACUGAUUCCAUCAGCACUUUACUAGUGAAAUCAAAGGUUUUGCUUGCAUUUACAGCAAAAAUGAGAGCAGGUAUGAACCCAGUGCUGCAGGAAGGCUAACUUGUUUUUAAAGAGUAAAACACCAUGCUGCUAGCAACUGGGUUUAUUGUCUUCCCAGUGUUUUAGGCUUUGAUCCUGUAAGCUGUUACAUGAAAGUAGUGAUGUGUAUGGAAGCUGAUUCCUGUUUAAAUCCUGUUAAAUCAGUGGAUCUGCAGGAUCGGGAUCUUAGCUUUCUCAUACUAAAAAUGAAUAUUUUAUGUACUUGAUCGUGUAUACUGUCAAGUUGGAAUUUAUGAGGUGAGAGCAAUGUGUUCAUUUAGUCCUUUUUUUUCUCUUUUGCAUGAAUAAUUUUAGCCUGGCAUUUCCCUGUGAAGGCAACAUGUUUCCCAACCAGUAAUCGAGCUUGUAAUAGCAUCUCAUCUUGCAAGCUUAAUGAAUCAACUGAUAACUUUUUUAGCCAUUUUAUAAAAUAUGUUGUAUUACAAUUAAAAAAAUCCCCAGAAGUGCUGCAUUGCCCUCAGCUGCAUGACAUUGCAACCACUAAAUUGUAUCCUGUACUUGGCCUCAAAUGUAUGUAACAAUUAGGUGUAUCUAAGCAGAUUUUUUUAGGUUGGCAGUUUCCUUUGCUGCGUAAUAAGUAUGUGCAAAAAAUCAGGCAUCAAGCACUAGGUAUUGAAAGUAGAGCUCUUUGCCUCACUGUAAUUUAUCAGCAUUGUCAAGGUACUGAUUUUUUUAAAAGCUAGUUAGCAUCUUCUAACGCUAAGCAACAGAAGGAAAACAAGUUUUCUUUCCUAGUUUUUUGUGAGCUAUUUUCUCCUCCCAGUUUCUCCCACUAAACUUCCACUGAAAUUGCUAGCUGAUCUGAGCCAACUGGGAGCGGAAUUUGGCGAACUGUCUUUAGCAUCCAAAGGCACAGGUGUGUUAGCGUGCGUAUGUUGGCAAGGAAAAUCCUAGACAUUUUCUGUUUCUUAAUGUGAGAAAACAUGUACAUAUUGUGUAUACAGUAAUGAGAUAUUUUGAAGUCAAAUCCCCAUUUAUACAUACAUUCACUUUCAGAUAUUCUAAUCUGCAACAAGAUCUUGGCAAUGGUCCUGACCUUUCUGUUUUUUGAUUUGUUUGCUUCUUCUACUGCUGUGUGAUCUCCUGGUAAUGCGGGUUACAGUCAUCACUAUUGUAUAUAUGUGCUUGCAUGUGUGUGCAUUGAUAAAUUCUCCCUUUCGGAUUUCUGAAUUUUCCAUUUCAAGUCCAGCCGGUACAAUUGUGAACUCAUCUUUCUAGUAUGCUCCUCCAUGUCAGAUUGCCAGAUACCAAGAUGUUUGACCAAGUGUUUCAAUUAAGUCCCCUGAGGAAAGCUGUCUGUAUACUCGUGAAAGGGCAUGCUCUGUGUAGGAUGACUGUGUACAGUAUAAAUCUAUAAAAUGUGGAAGUGUUUAUAAAUUUAUCUGCCAAAUAUUUAUCAUCCAUGUAACAAAUGCAAAGUUAUUUAGUGUACAUCAGAUUAAUAAAGGGGCAUUUUUUGCUCCAUUAUAUUCAAAUAAAGAGUUGUUCUCUGCAAUGAAUACA